AUAACAAAGCUUUGUACAAGGUCUACCUGAAAAUCGAGAAUCGAUUUUCCACGUCCUAAACUACCACUCUUUCUCUGUUAAUUUUCAAUACUCUAAAUAAAAAUUUCCUUCUUGUGACCGUGUCUAUUUCUAAUGCCCGAAAUCCUUCUUCUUCUCUAAUCGUCCGUCUGUGUAAUGACUUUUUGAGAAGUUUACACAUAUUGUUUGAACUCUUAGGAAGUUUACACAUAUAUAAGUAUUUAUUGAGUAUAAAGUAUACAUAUGUAAGUGUACAACAUUUAUAUGUAUAUUUGAUUGGCAAUAGUUUGAAUUAUGAUGAUGAAAUAUAUUAUACAUGAUAAAAAUCAUCGAUAAUCUAAGAACACAUGCUACAUAGAAAUAUAUUAAUUCCUUCAAAUCCCGCGUUUCGUUCAUAUUAAACUCUGCCGACAUUGGGGAAACAUUACAAAAUUAAUUGAGAACGUAACGGUCUACACAUUGCAUGAUACGUGUUUUAUAGGUUAAAACUAUCUGAUUGUUUUAAAACUAAAAAAACAUAACUCAACAUGGCAAAAGUAGUUGCACAAAUGACAAAAUAUACUGCAAGAACAUUUUUACGUACUUCAACGGAAAAUUUAUUUAACUUUUUUACUCCGAAAGUGUCAUUAUAUGUUUCACGUUCCAUCGUUACUACUCGUUGCUUAAAUGCCGAAAGAUUUUAUACGGAAAAACAUGAGUGGAUAACAAUUGAUGGUAACAUAGGCAUAGUUGGAAUAUCCAAUUAUGCACAAGAAGCAUUGGGUGAUGUUGUUUAUGCUCAGCUUCCAGAUGUUGGUUCUGAAAUAGAGAAAGAAGUUGAAUGUGGAGCUUUAGAGUCAGUGAAAGCUGCUUCUGAUUUAUAUAGUCCUGUCAGCGGGAAAGUAAUAGCAAAAAAUGAAGAUGUUGAAAGAACACCCAGUUUAAUAAAUACCUCUUGUUAUGAAAAAGGAUGGUUAUUCAAAAUAGAAUUAAGUAAAUCUGAUGAUCUAAAAAGUCUAAUGAAUGAGGAAGCGUACAAUGAAUAUUUAAAGUCUGAUCCAUCAUAAACAUAUUAUCAUAUUUCUAACAUGUAUAAAAUUAGUUGAUAAUGAUUUAAUCUUUGUUAUUUUCAAUUGUGUUAUUAGUGAAAAAGAAAUGUGAAUAUUUUUAUUUAUUUUAAACCUUGUAAUAAUCAUGCAUGAUCAAAUAUACGUAUGAAUAUCAUAUUAUCAGCAAAAUAAGUAUAGUUUAUAAUUGAUUGUUUAAUCAAAUAGGAAGGCAUUGCCUCCAAGAAAACAAAUUUAUAAAUUGUGCAAUUGUAAUAAAGUGUUAUAAACUAAUAUAUUGUAUCUUUGCAAAUGUAAAAAAAUAAAUUGUAAACAUUAUUUUGUAUAUAAUAAAGAUUAGACAGUAUGUUUAAUGAAAUAAAUGUGGUGUAUUAUGUAAACAUUGCAAAUUAAUAAUAUGAAGCUAUGUGCAGUAGUUAGCUGAUGUCUUUAUUAACCACUGUGCAUUUUCUUAUCUUGUUACCAUAUUUGUACAAAGCAAACAAAUGUUUUAAUAUACAUGUUAUUAGGUAUACGAAUGACACCAUUGUUACAAAUUAUAAUAAACUUUGUGUUGUACAUAAACGCAUUUAAAUUAUAAUAACUUGUAUGUAUAAAGAAACAAUUGAAUGUUUUGGAAUACUAUUUGUAAAUUUUUGAAAAUUGUCUGCUUAAUAAUUUACAUAGUACCAUCCUUUACCCUCCUGUUGAAAACUAUCUUACGUCUCGUGGUCAUUGCAUGUAUUUUUACAAUAAUAGCAAAGACAGGAGUGCAAUAAGGGAAAUAUUAUCAUAUAGUAGGAGUUCAAUUAGUAUAAUAUAUAAAAAUAGCGCUGUCAAUCCUAAAAGGAACAGUUAUCAGUUAAUAAUAAAGAUAUAUUUACAAUCAAUCAUUUUUUUCUACAUAAUUUACAAUUGCCAACUCCUAAUGGCAGUGUCAACAACGCAUAAUAGUUCAUCAUUUAAUGUUAAUUCCAAUUAUUUAU